UGGGGCCAGGGCUCGGCGGCCGCAGCGGGGUCCGGGGAGCGGGCGAGGUGCCGGGGGCGGGCAGCGCUCAGCCCCGGCCUCGGAGCGGCGCUGGGACAGCCCCGGGCGGGGCGGGGGAAGGCGGCUCCCCGCGGCGGCCCCGAAGGUGGGAGCCCUUUUCCUCCCUCCCGGCUCCUCUUCUCUCGCCGAGACCCGUCGAUGAUCGGUUCUCCUUUUUAUUGGCUGCAACUCUCCUCGUCCUUCCAUUUUCGACAGGUUUAUGAUGGAACUUACAUCUUUGCCUAAAUUCCUUUGGACAAGUGACAACAAACUUCUGCAUCAUCAUUUCCCGGACAUAUUGGCUACAGUUCAUACCACUCAAGACAUUCCCAAAGAAGUUGUUUUUGGACCAUGCAUGCUCCAGAACACCCUGCUGGACACUGUAGCUUUUAUUGCUCUCAAGUGUUCUGAUAGACGGAACAUCCAUUAUGUAUUUAAGGUAGAUGUUACAUCUGUGCACAGUCCCACAGGACUGCCUUGGAUGAGACUUGUACAAGCAGCUGCCAAUAGCAAGGAGCAGAACUUGGAAGCUUACUUAGAAAACAGUCAGUUAUAUUAUCGCUCUACUAGGAAAAUCAACAAAAAUGAGGAGCUGCUCGUCUGGUACGAUGAAGAGCUUUCCAGCCUGUUAGGUUUCAAUGAGAUAAAAGCUCAGAGUCCCCAGAAUGAGCUGAAAUGCCAAGAAUGUGACCGAGUCUUUAAAUGUGAGCAUUCCUAUCUCUCUCAUGUCCGCUUCCUAUGUGUCCCAGAGAAGACUGCCCUGCUAUGGAGAAACUUCCAGAACCCUAAAAUUGAAAAGAGCAACUCAGCUGAACAGACCACGAAUUUCCACAACCUGGCAAGGGAUUUAGAGGUCAAAAUGGCAGGUUGUAAAGAUGAUGCCCAGGGUCUCACAGGAGAAAAGAGAGCAAAAUCUGAAGAGUCUGAGAACAACAGAAGCAGGAAAACAGUGUUGUUGGAGAAAACGAAUAACGUGAGUGAGGAACGUAACUGUGGGGGCAAGGAAGAGGUUGGAGGAGAGCAUGCAUUGGAGGGUUCUUUCUGGAAGCUCACUUCAGGGAGGCAGUCAGCUAGGAAGGAUGCUUUAGAGCAGAAGCAGAGUGCUUUCACUGAGGUCAGGAGGAUGAAGGAGAAGCUGAGGAAUGAGAGACUGAAGGAGUCAGAACAGAAAGAUGGCACAUUCCUGGUAGGUAAACAGCAAGUAUCAAAGGAAGUGUUGCUGAACUCCGCCGGUAGCGCAUUCUCCUUUGUGUGGCCCACCAGAGCCCGAGGAGAACAGAAGAGUGCUUUCAGCAAACCCAGUAAGUGUCUAGCGGAAAGAGCUGCAAUAAAUUCUCAUCCCAUAAGUGAGUCACCAAAGAGCCUGGGGGAGCUGUCUGGCUUCAUUGCCACCACAGACGUCAUGUGCUGCAACACUCUUCUCAAUUCCAAGUUCUUUGCUGGUGAUUUGUGUAAUGCUCAGAUGCUGCAGACAAGCAUUACUCGGAGCAACGUUUUCCCAUAUACCUCAGAACCGUGGCCCAAACAAGCAGGAGGACAAUUACAAAACACAUCCACCACUUCUUCUUCCCCUUCCUCUUCCUUGACUCUUCUGCCCCCCACCUUCACAUCCUUCGGAGUGGCUGCCCAGAACUGGUGUGCCAAAUGCAACCUGUCCUUUCGCAUGACAUCUGAUUUAGUCUUCCACAUGCGGUCACAUCACAAAAAAGAAUACUCCUCAACUGAGUCCCAGUGCAAGAGGAGACGAGAAGAGAAGCUAACAUGUCCCAUUUGUCAUGAAUACUUCCGAGAACGCCAUCAUUUAUCCCGGCACAUGACUUCUCAUAAUUAGAGCUGUGCAGAUGGAUGUCACCAAGGGGCUGGACAGGUUGGGUAGAGAAGGGGAGCAUGGUUCACUUAAUCCAUUUCUUUUUAAGUUUACAUUAAUUUCUUACAGGAAAUCACUGUUUACAAUAAUUUAUAACAGAUGCUUUGCAGAAAAAUAUACAAUGUUUACUAGAGUCUGAGCGGGCUGUAAGUUUUGAAAUUUCAACCUAGCCCUUGUCAAUCUAUUUUCGAGGAAAUAAAGUAGUGAAAUGAAUGCACAUGCAGUAUUAAUUUGCAAAGACGUGGGGAAAAAGUUAUUGUUUUGCAGAGUUUUCUUUGUUUGUAUUUGAUUUGCUGGUGUCUGUGCAAUACAAUGUAAAUACAGAAGUAACAGCUGCCUCAUUGAAUGAGGAAUCUCUAUGCACUUAAAAAACCCAGGUCUUAUAUGUUAAAAGAAAGAAGUUACUGUUUCUAGCAGCUUUGGUGGAUUCAUUCCUUUGUGUUAGCUAAAUCAGCUCUCUUAUCAGAUUUGUGAGUAGAAAAGUUAUACCUCACUGUCUCCUUGGUUUUGAAAGAGACGUAGGUUAAGACUCUCUGAAACUUGUGAUUGUCAGCAGCUGACCAACAGACUGUCAAAGAGGAUGUAACUUGUAAAUCAGUGUAUCUAAGUUCUGUUCUAGGCUCUGCCACUUCUGGAACAUCUUUUACAAAGUCAAAUCAGCCUAGGUCUGUAUCAAAAAUGUGACCGGUAAUCAGCAUUAUUGUGUAGACAGGGAGCACAAAUUCUGCCUUGCUGUGUGCUUGCAAGUU